AUGAAGAUCACGACGGCAGUAACAUCGCUGCUUCUCUCCGCUUUGGGGGCGGAUGCUUUUAUCAAUUUACCUCUCUCCGCUAGGCAGCUGCCUGCAAACAUUACCGACUACAAAACCAUAAAGAGUCCUACCGGCGUGACCAUCCGCUACAAGGAACCUGGUAAAGCCGGUGUUUGCGAAACCACGCCUGGAGUCAAUUCCUACUCUGGAUACGUGGACCUUGCCGAUGAUAUUCACACCUUUUUCUGGUUUUUCGAGGCCAGACACAGUCCCCAGACUGCGCCUGUCACGCUCUGGCUGAAUGGUGGCCCAGGAUCAGACUCACUGAUUGGUUUAUUCCAAGAGCUCGGACCUUGCAACAUUACUGCCAACCUUACCAGCCAAGUGAACCCCUUUGGAUGGAAUGAGGUGUCGAAUUUGCUCUUCAUCUCACAGCCAUUGGGAACUGGAUUCUCGUACAGUUCCGAAGGUGAAGGAACACUUAAUCCUUUGACGGGUGAUUUCGAAAACUCGACGGUUGCCGGCGUCGAUGGCCGCUAUCCUGUCAUUGACCCUACAAAGCUUGACACCACUGAAUUAGCGGCUGCUGCUACUUACCACGUUCUUCAAGGCUUCUACAGCGCUCUUCCCCAGUUGGAUUCCAAGAUCAAGUCGAAGAGUUUCAACUUGUGGACGGAAUCCUAUGGUGGUCACUAUGGACCCGCUUUCUACGACUAUUUCUACGAGCAGAACUUGAAGAUUGCCAAUGGCUCUGCGCAGGGUGUGCAUCUCGACUUUCACAGUCUAGGCGUUGGCAACGGUAUCAUUGAUGAAGCAACUCAAGCUCCUCAUUACCCCGAGUUUGCUGUCAAUAACACCUAUGGAAUCAAGGCGUAUAAUGACACUGUCUACGAGUUCGUCAAGUUUGCUCUCAACAUGCCCAACGGCUGUCUCGACCAGCUCUCCUUCUGCCGGCAAACCAAUCGCACUUCUCUCAGCGACCUCGCCAUCUGCACCGAGGCCGAGAACAUGUGCCGUGACAAUGUCGAGGGCCCUUACUACUACGUCGGAUACAAUGGCGAGAGUCCUCGCGGUGUAUACGAUAUCCGUCAUCCCAUUAAUGACCCUACGCCGCCCACGUAUUUUGCCGAUUACCUGAACCUGCCGCAUGUUCAGGACGCGAUCGGCGUCAAUCUCAACUACACCGAGUCCAAUGACGAGAUUUACUUUGCAUUCCAGCAGACGGGUGACUUUGUGUACCCCAACUUCAUUGAGGACCUCGAAUACCUUCUUCAGCAAGGUUUGCGGGUCGCUCUCUACUAUGGUGACGCCGAUUACAUUUGCAACUGGUUCGGUGGCCAGGCCGUCUCGCUCGCCGUCAACUAUACGCAUGCCGAAGAGUUCCGUGCCGCGGGCUACGAGCCGUUUACCGUCGAUGACACCGAAUACGGUGAAGUCCGCCAAUACGGCAACUUUUCGUUCCUUCGAGUCUACGAAGCCGGCCACGAAGUCCCCUACUACCAGCCUAUCGGCAGUCUGGAAUUCUUCAAGCGUGUCAUCCUCAACCUCGACAUUGCGUCUGGCGAUGUGCCCUUGUAUGGCAACUACUCGUCUUCGGGCACAGCCAAUGCCACGCACACGGAGCCAUUUGUGCCUCUGCCCACUUCCACUGGAAGCUCCCGGCGUCGUAAAUUUUAA